UCAAUGUCAAUUUAUUUAAAUUGAACCCAACAAAAAUACUAUUGGAAUGGAAAACAAAUUUAUUUUCGCUUAAAUAACGUUAAUGCUAUUAUGAAUACCCACUGAAAGUGACAAUCAAUUUCUUUGUGGUACAAUUUAAAAGUGUAUUCACAAGAGAUAAAGAUGAACAAAGAAAGUGUUAUUGGCGAUGGCACUAAAAUUGAAAAGGCAUCUCCGGCACUCCCGGCCCACCACCGCUUCCUAGAGCCAGAGAAAGCAGUCAAAACAAUAACAGACAUGGCCAUUUGGGAAAAGUCUGAAGCAUACAUGGAAUACACAGGUUUUAUUGCCACUCUUAACGAGGCCAUCAAGGCUAAGCCAUUAUCAGUUGACUGCAAGGUUUCAGAGAACAUCACAAAGUUGGUCAACUUAUUGGAGAAACUCAACAUUUUGAUAACAGAGUUCCCACCUGUUGAGCAGCCGCAGAGAUUUGGUAAUACCUCAUUUAGAGAUUGGUUGACCAAAGUUAAAAGUUGCUCCACGGAAUUGUUGCAAGAAGUCAUGCCAUCCCAACUACAUUUAGCAAUACCAGAAAUAAAGGUAUACUUGGAAGAGAGCUUUGGGAAUGCAACUAGAAUAGACUAUGGUACUGGCCAUGAAAUGUCAUUUAUCAUGUUUCUAUGUUGUUUGUACAAAAUAUGCUAUUUACAAAUGGAAGACAAUGUGGCAACUGUAUUUUUAGUAUUCAACAAAUAUCUCGAUAUUGUUAGAAGAUUGCAGCAGACAUAUAGGAUGGAACCAGCUGGAAGUCAUGGGGUUUGGAGUUUGGAUGAUUAUCAGUUUGUUCCAUUCAUAUGGGGAAGUUCACAGCUUGUCGACCAGCCUAGAAUUUAUCCACCCGCCAAAUUCUUGGAAGAUGAUAUAAUUGAUAAAUAUGCACAGGAGUAUAUGUUCCUCUCCUGUAUUAAAUACAUUAAGGAAGUGAAAAAGGGACCUUUCGCUGAGCAUUCUAAUCAAUUGUGGAGCAUCAGUGCAGUGGGAUCAUGGUCCAAAAUAAACCAGGGACUAAUAAAAAUGUAUAAAAAGGAGGUUCUGGCAAAAUUCCCAGUUAUACAGCAUGUUCUGUUUGGCUCCUUACUCCCAAUACGUAGAUUCUCAAUUCAGCAUUAAGACUUGUAUGAUUUUAGCUUUUAAACUUUACUGCAUUCAUACUUAUUAUAUUUCCUUUUCUCACUUAAAUAAUAAUAUAUUGUGAAUGAUUAUACUCAGUAUUAAAGUUGUGUUUGUGAGAGUUCUUUUAAAGUGGUUAGAAUCUUAUAUGAAAUGUGAUAUAUUAAAUUGUAAUAGGUAUAGUAAUUGUAUUACAAACAUUCAUACUACAAA